AUGAACGACGAUGUGGUGGCUCAGUUCACCGAGAUCACGGGCUCGAGCCCUGAACUAGCCACUCAGUAUCUCCACUUAGCCGAUUACAAUAUUGAACAAGCCAUGCAGCUUUAUUUCGAAAACGGUGGCGCACCAUUAACUGAUGAGCUAAUUCCAUCUACAUCAGACACUCCAGGAGUUCGACCUACCGCAGGCGAUAGCGGGGCUGUACAUAUCGGCUCUGAUGACGAGGUCACUGUUGACGAAGCGCGAUCUACCCCUCGGCACCAACCGCCACCAAAUUCUACCUAUGAAGAUGACGAGGCCAUGGCUCGGCGUCUCCAAGAGGAAAUGUAUGGUGGUGGGGGAGGUGGGGGAGCAGCAGUUGAAGAUGAUGAUGUGCGUGCUCCGAUGGCUCGCACAACAGAAACACUCGUAGGCCCAGAUGCGGACUUCGACGAUGGCGAUAUGCACGCAAGCAUACUGGGCCAAUUGCGCGCUCGCCAGCAACGAAACAAUCGACCUGGUAUCUUCAAUCAGAGGGAUACUUCUUCGAUAUGGACAGGGGAAGACGAGGCCUCACGUCGCCAAAGGCUUUCAGAAGCAACCGGGGGUGCGUCCGAUGCUUCGAAUAAAUCAAAUAUGCUUGCCGAAAUGUACCGUCCGCCUUUUGAGAUUAUGUCACGACUCCCCUGGGAUCUAGCCCGUCAGGAAGGCCGUGAGAAUGAGAGGUGGCUGCUGGUUAAUAUACAAGACCCCUCCAUCUUUGACUGUCAGUUGUUGAACAGGGACCUAUGGAAGGACGCUGGGAUCCGAGACACUGUCAAAGAACACUUCCUCUUCCUGCAGUACUCUAAAGACGACCCACGAGCUGCGCAGUACCUACAAUACUAUUUUCAAGCGAGCGACGUCUCCGACAACUACCCUCAUAUUGCCAUUGUUGACCCACGCACCGGCGAGCAGAUGAAGGUGUGGUCCGGGCCGCCUGUAGUGAAGGCUGCAGAAUUCCUGAUGCAACUGCAUGAAUUUCUCGACCGUUACAGUCUUAACCACAAUGUGCGGAAUCCAGUAGCCAAGCGGAAACCAGAGCAGAAGGAGAAGAGCAUUGAUGCUAUGACGGAAGAAGAGAUGAUGGAAUUGGCAAUGAGAAAUAGCUUGGACGUGAAAGGCAAAGGUCGAGCAGCCGAUACCGAAGACAUCAGCAUGGGUGAAGCAGAUCUAGGCGGAAAGGGCGAAGCUGAAACAUCUCCAUUCGCCUCAAUUCCAGAUGAUAAGCCUCACACUGAGCCCCCCGCGACCCGGCUACGACUACACGCAUUCAGUUCCGCCAUCCGUCCGGAAGAGUAA